UGGAAGAAAGAAAGGUAGAGGAGAAUGAACAGUAAUGGAAAUGGUCAGCUUGCUGUGCCUCCAGGGUUCAGGUUCCAUCCCACAGAAGAAGAGCUUCUGUAUUAUUAUUUGAGGAAGAAGGUGGCUUAUGAAGCUAUUGAUCUUGAUGUUAUAAGAGAUGUGGAUCUCAACAAGCUUGAACCAUGGGAUCUUAAUGAUAAAUGUAAGAUUGGAAGUGGGCCUCAGAAUGAAUGGUAUUUCUUCAGUCAUAAAGACAAGAAGUACCCUACCGGAACACGAACUAACCGAGCAACCACUGCUGGAUUCUGGAAGGCUACAGGAAGAGAUAAAGCUAUUCAUAUUAGCAGUUCAAAGAGGAUUGGAAUGAGAAAAACCCUAGUUUUUUAUACAGGAAGAGCUCCUCAUGGCCUUAAGACUGAUUGGAUCAUGCAUGAGUACCGUCUUGAUGAUGACACUUCUGAAAUUCAGGAAGAUAGUUGGGUUGUUUGUAGGGUUUUCAAGAAGAAAAGCCUCUACAAAUGCAACAACAUCCCUUCUGAUCAAAUCCUCCCUCAAGAAACCAAUCUCAACCUCUUCAAAACCACACCAUGCCCCAACCUAUUUCCUCAAACCCAACCCCACCCUUCUUUCGAUCACUUCUCCUUCCUGAACAACAAUAAUAACAAUAACAACAACAACAACACAAUGCAUCUUCCCCAGCUCCUCAACAGCGAUCAGCCCUCCGCAGCUGCCGUAGCCGCCUCUGCUUCCUUCAUCACUCCGAUCGACCUCGAGUGCUCCCAAAAUCUCAUGAAGCUAACUGGGGACUGGUCUAUAUUGGACAAGCUACUUGCUUCUAACCACCAGAGCCAGCUUGAUCAAUUCUUUCAUGUCAAGUAUAAUAGUACCAGUAGUUCUUCACAACAACUCAUGGAGAUGAGUUCCUCAGCUCAAAGAUUCUUCCCAUUACAGUACUUUGGAUGUGAGGCCGAUCUGCUAAAAUUUUCCAAGGAAGGUUAGUAGAUGCAACAGUUGGUUUGAUGCAUUGAGAUGUUUAUGCGACUAUUUUAAUAUAUGAGAAAGAUGUACAUAAACGCAUGUGUGCGUGCAUGUGUUUCCUGUGAGGCUUGUGGCCAUCAUACUAUUUUUUUUCAGUGGUUUUUCAGAUGAUGGAUG